CUCGCACAUGCGCAGAUAUCCUAACAACCCCAAUAACAAAUAUGGUGGAUUGGUAUUGAGAAUAGUUGGUUGUGUCAUAUUUUGUUGAAUGUUUUAGAAGUAAACUCCAAUCAUGAGUGCCAAAACCAGAGGAAGAAAAGUUAAAGUAUGGGGCAGGAUUCGCCCAACAGCAAACUUUGCACAUGAUAAUCUUGAAUUGAUGGCCGAUAAAAAGAGUGUCAAUGUCCACCAAAAACGAGAUCCCAAGAAAGGUGUUGUGAACAACCAAAUUUCAGACUGGUCUUUCAAGCUUGAUGGAAUAUUCCACAAUGCUAAUCAGGAACAAGUGUUUGGAACAGUGGCAUCUGACAUUGUCACUGGUGCUUUGGAUGGGUAUAAUGGUACCCUGAUGUGCUAUGGGCAGACUGGUUCAGGCAAAACCUUCACAAUGACUGGAGCCACAGAGAACUACAAGCACAGAGGACUCAUCCCACGAUCUCUGUCUCAGCUGUUCCGAGAGAUUGAGGAGAGGCCAGAGCUUGCCAUCACUGUCAGAGUUUCCUAUCUGGAGAUCUACAAUGAGUCAAUGUUUGACCUGCUGUCGAGUCUUCCUGAAUCCUGGAACCAGAGUCAAGCAGAACCGAUGGUCGUUGUGGAAAACCAGGAUGGGGUGUUUGUCAAAGGGCUGUCAUGUCAUCUUGCACAGAAUGAGGAGGAAGCACUUAACCUUUUAUUUGAGGGGGAGACAAACAGAGCUAUUGCAUCUCACUCUCUCAACACAAUGUCAUCUCGAUCUCACUGCAUCUUUACUGUCUAUAUUGAGUCAAGAUCUCGGGUUCAGUCAAACGCCAGAUAUACAGUUUCCAAGUUAAAUUUUGUAGACCUUGCAGGCUCAGAGAGAUUAGGCAAGACAAAGUCUGCAGGGAAAACCCAAACAGAGGCUAUGUAUAUCAACAAAUCCUUGACCUUCCUUGAGCAAGUGAUCAUAGCGCUGGCAGACAAACGCCGAGAACACAUCCCAUUCCGUCAGUCCAAGCUGACUCACUACCUGAAGGACUCUAUAGGGGGGCAGUGUAAUACUCUGCUGGUAGCCAACCUGUGGGGUGAGAGAGCACAGAUUGAGGAAACUGUGUCAACUCUUAGGUUUGCAACUCGUAUGAUGUGCCUGAUGUGCGAGCCAGCAGUCAAUGAAGUCUACGACCCAGCCAUCCUUGUGAAGAAGCUCCAGAGGGAGAUCUCUCAUCUCAAAUCAGAGCUGGCUAUGCAUGAUACUCUGACCAAUAGAAGUCAGAUAUCGUAUGAGUCAUUGUCGGAACAACAGAAGUAUGACAUCCGCCAGCAAGUCCAGACCUUCUUACAAGGAGAAGUGGAUGAAGUAGAUAUUGUGAAUAUACGUCAAAUACAAGGCACAUACGACGCCUUCAAGGAUAUAUAUCACCAAAUGGCACAAACGAUUGAGGACAAGCUCCGUCAGAAGUUUACACUGAUUGACCGAACUGACCCAGCAGCCAUAGCAGCUGCCCAGCAGGCUGGAAUAAGCAUCGCUGAUGAUGGAUCUCUGGUUGGGGAGUCGGACGGGUCUGGGUUUGGUGUUGGAACGGCGCCGAGGUCGGCCAAAGCGGAACCAUCAGCUGUUGUACAGCUGCGGAAGAAGGAGAAGGAGAAGGAGAGGAGGAGUGGCACCCGAGGAGGGAAGCAGAGUCUAGCAUCGGCAGCCAGAUUAGUGACUAGGCUGAUGGCCGCGGGCAGCCCUGUGGGUGGGAAGAGUGGGUCCUCCCCGUCCCAGAGUGCCAAGGGGGACCGGGACACCAAGUCUCCCCACACACCAGUCGAGAACACCCGCAAGGAUGACAAGGAGGUUGUGGAAGGCUCAGCAUCACCGGUCAGCUCAGCUGGACCUCCCACUCGUGUUGAGAAACAAGCACGCCCAAGUACACCCCCAGGCCGGACUGUGGCAUUUGAAGAAUUUAAACAGGAAAGAGGCAGUGAGAUCAACAGAAUCCUGGUGGAAAAUAAAGAACUGCUCAGCAGCAAGACGAAGGCAUACAGUGACUUGGCUCGGCAGAUUAACACCGUCAAGACUGAUAUCGACAAGAGCAGGGCACAGCUUGAUCAUCUGAAGGAAGAGAGGGAGAUGAAUGGGCCCUCAUUUAAUGAGGAUGGUGACAUCAUCAUCAGCGAGGCUGAGUUCUUGGAGAUCCAAGUGCUGAAAGAGCUGAAGCAGAAAUACAAGACAGACUAUGACGAGCUGAAGCGACUGAAGGCUGAAGUGCAGUACUGUCAGAAACUGGUUGACCAGUGUCGGCAACGUCUCAUUCAAGAAUUUGACACUUGGUACAACGAGAGUUUUGUGAGCCAGGGAGACGAUCAGCAUACAAGUGUACAAGCCGGCCAUGGUGUCCGCCCAGGCAGCAUCAUUCCAUUCAACCCUAAUGCCAUGCCGGAAGAUGAGCAGGAGAAGUUUGACCGUCUUCAGAUGGAACUGCUGAUGAACAACCCUGAAUCUGCAGCUUUCUACAAUGCCCAGAUGAGAACACACAGGAGGAAAACCUACGAGUCUGCGAUGAACCAGCCCCAACCAGCAUACAGGAAGCCAGGCACACCCACCAUGAUGAUCCGGAACAAGCCCCCCAACAUGCUGCAGGUUCAGUACUAGCUACCAGCAUCACGCCACGCAGCGGCCAGCUGACACACUCAGUCAUGGGUACUGUUUCAGGAGUGGAUAUGUUUUAUCAUUGUUUUGCAGUAAUAUUUUGAGGUAUAUUUUCCCUAUGUUGGUAUGAAUGCGGAAUUUGUAAAUAUAUUUCAUUCUUGAUAAUGAAUUUUGGGGGCAGUAAAAUGAUAAAUUUUAGUUAUUACGAGUUUUCUGUUCUUUUCAUAGGCAACAACAGAUGUUUAUUUUUGUAUAUAUCAUGUGUCAGCUGUAUAUAAAUUUGAUCAAGGCUUGAUAAAAGCCUAGAGUUUGUCAAAAUUAGCUCUCAGAUUAAAAGAAUCAUGCACUCAUAGGUCCAUUGAUGUAUGAUGUCUUUGAUCUUAGGAUUUUUUUAUAACUGUUUAAUUUCCGGAUAGAAAUUGUAAACAGAGUACUUAAUGACUUUCUGAGAUUUUUUAAAAAAGGUUUAACUUUAUGUGAAUAAUACGUACAUGAUUUUGUUUGAAGGAAGGAUAUCUGUGUGAAUAUAGACCCUUGAUACCUUUUUAUAAAAAAACCAACAAUAUCCAACAAUUAUGACAACAGGACCAACUGAAAUUAUUUCAGCUAUACUUUGAUAAAAAACAUCUGUUUGAUAGAUGUGCUCCAUUUUAAAUAUUGGAUGUAGACUUUAUGAUAGUCAGCACUCCGUCAGAAGUAUUUCCUUAAGGUCCUGUUAUGUCAUAAGAGCAGCUGUGAUAGACUUUGUUAUUGUUUCUGUUUUAACAAGUUUUUAUCUGUUUCCAAAUGAAAAAUGAAAAUAGGUUUGGAAUAUAAACUAUGAAAUAGAGAUAUUCCACAGUAUAUUGAACAAAGAUAAUAUUGAGAAGGAAAGUUUUUUGUAAAAUCCCACCAUAGAUAUGGAAGUCCUGAACAUCAAGGUCAUCCUACACAAAGCAAUCUUGGCACUAGAAUGGGUCUUGGAAUUAAAAUUGAUUGGGGUCUAAAUUGAAUAAAAUCAAGAUAUGUAUUUUUUUGGUUGGCAGAUUUAAUUUUCACAACGGGGCAGGGAGUGUCAUUGUGGUCUGGAACACCUGUGGACAUUAAAGGCAUAGUACUAAGAUGGCUUUGUGCAUGUGGACCCAGGUAGCCAACAGCAUUCUAAAGUCACCUUACCCCACACAGUAUUAAAUGUUACUAUAUCCUUCCAGAUGUGUACUGUACACUGUCAUGUCUGUGUCUUGUGUAUACAGGCACUUCUGUGAUAUAAUUAUUGUACACCAUGUCGGUGUCUUGUGUAUCCAAGGCCUACCAUGAUAUAUUUAUUGUACACUGUCAUGUCUGUGUCUUGUGUAUUCAGGCACUACUGUGGUUUCGUAAUAAAUGUGUAUCAUGUC